AUGGCUAAACGAAAGGGAAAGAGAGGAGGUAAAGGCAAAGGCGCCAAGAAAAAGAAGGGCACCGUCAAGCCCGAGUCACACUACCUCAAGACCAAGUUCGAAACCAAAGUUCUGCACUUGGACCAAAUUCACGAGAACUUCAAGCCCGAGAAUGUGGCUGCGCUCGUUGCCGAUCCUUCGUUAAACGACGAUCUUCCUGGAGCUGGACAGAAUUAUUGCUUACAUUGCGACCGUCACAUGAUCAACAGACAAGCACUGACAGAACAUUUGCGAUCAAAGAAGCACAAGCAACAGGUCAAAAAGCUCAAGGACGCACCAUUCACUCAGAAAGAAGCGGAAGCAGCCGCUGGUCUUGGAACGUAUGUGAGGCCGAAGGAUUUGGAGGUGGUGCCGGAUUUCGAAAGUGUCCGCGGCGAAGACAAAAGAUUCCCGGUCGAGCAAGCAGCGAUGGAGUAA